CUCGCCUUGUACAGUAGCAACAUCGUCCUCGGUGCUUCUGGGCACAGAUAACCGGGGCCUCACAUUGUCCUGCCGAACUCCAUCCACAGUGUGCAGUGAGCUAUCAAGGUGUCCAAAUCUUCCCUUUCUGUAUUACCACAGCUCUCAGCCUUCAGCAUUGCUACCAUGGCGUCACAGGCUACAGGACCUGGCGUUCUGUACGUCAACUCAAAACUCACAUCUUCAACAUUGUCUCCAGAAAUAUUUACCGAGUGGUACGAGGAUGUACACAUCCCAGACAUUUUCGAGACCUCUGGCAUCAAGUCGGCCUAUCGCUACUACACGACCUCCCCGAACCCUGAAGCCGUAGAGAGACCAUACCUAGCUCUAUAUCCUUUACGAGAUGUUUCAUUCCUGCAGACAGCCGAGUUCAAAUCUAUUCCUGUCCACAGCGACCUGGUCCCAUCGGAGAGUAAAUGCAUUUUCGACCUUGCAGAUUUCGACACUCGAUACUACACCAACAUUGCAAAGCACGAAUCUGGCACUGAGAAAGGUCCAAUAUCACUCAUUGCGUCCCACCAAUUCGAUCUGCCUUCAGAAAGCGGGCCAUCUGGUGACCAUGAUGUCCUUGGCUGGUACCUGAAGAAGUAUGAAUCAAAUGCUUCGAGGGUAAGACUGUACAAAUUGUACUUUGGAAGGCAGAACAGAAUGUCUCAGGAGGAGAAAAAGCUGGCUGAACCGCCUCAGUAUCUGGCACUGCAUGAGUUCGAUAGCGAAAAGGAACUGAGCACAUUCCAUGAAUCUGCCAGCUCCGGAAGUGAUGUUGCUGGGGCAUUCAAAUUGUUGAAAGCAUUUGGAAAUUCCGAGCACAACUUCUGAUAGAACAGCCUGAGAUGAUACAGACUGCUCCUUUCAGUAUGCUAGAUAUCCAGGACGUGGAAUUACGUUUGCCGAACAAACUAUCAUAUCUUGUCUGACAACUCUCUGAAUCGAGCUAAUGUCUCUGACUA